UUGCCGGAGAACGCUCGAGCGCGCUCAGUGCUGCAGCCAGCUGUGGCGGGGGCGCGCACGCGCGCGCGCGCUGCUGCCAUUCCAGCACUCACAUUCCCCAGUGCCACGGAACGAAAAGCGCACGCGGAAGCCGAACCCUUCCGAACAUUACCCGGUGACAGCUGACGGUCCUCGCGGCGAUAAAACCCCGACUGACCGGGGACGGACCGGGGUGUGGGGUCAAGGGGGUCCCGGUAAAGUGCGCAGCCGUUAACGCCACGUCGACUAAAACAGAGUUUUAACGGAACCAUGCUGGACCCGUCCUCCAGCGACGACACCGGCGGGGAGUCCGACCCAGAAGUUGUGCAGGAGACUCCGAGGAAACCGGCUGCCGGUGCGGCGGGGAAACGUGCGAACAACAGCCGCCACAGGAGCAGCGGCGGCGGCGGUCAGGUGCGUCAGCCCGCCGCACCGGGAGGAGCUGCACCCGGUAAAGGUGCGAAAGGCAGCAGCGCUACAGGUGACGCGGAAGAGCAGCAGCACGAGGAGGAGGAGGAGAGGAAGGAGCGCGAGCGGGUCCGAAAGGAGGAAGAGGACCGGAAGAGGAACCUGCAGGUGUACGUGUUCGUGCUGCGGUGCGUCGCGUACCCGUUCAACGCCAAGCAGCCCACCGACAUGGCGCGGCGGCAGCAGAAGGUGAACAAGCAGCAGCUGCAGGCGGUGAAGGAGCGCUUCCUGUCCUUCCUCAACGGUGAAACCCAGAUAGUGGCCGACGAGGCGUUCUGCAACGCCGUGAGGAGCUACUACGAGGGCUUCAUGAAGAGCGAGCGCGUCUCCCGGAUGGUCCACAGCGGCGGCUGCUCGGCCGCCGACUUCCGCGAGGUCUUCAAGAAGAACAUCGAGCGGCGCGUCCGCAGCCUGCCGGAGAUCAACGGACUGAGCAAAGAGACGGUCCUGAGCUCCUGGAUCGCCAAGUACGACGCCAUCUACAGGGGCGACGAGGACAUGCGGCGCCAGCCACAGCGAGCGCACCUGAGCGCCGUGUCGGAGCUCAUCCUCAGCAAGGAGCAGCUGUACGAGAUGUUCCAGCAGAUACUCGGCAUCCGCAAGUUCGAGCACCAGCUGCUGUACAAGGCCUGCCAGCUGGACAACGUGGACGAGCAGGCGGCUCAGAUCCGCAGAGAGCUGGACGGACGGCUGCAGCUGGCCGAGAAGAUUUCCAAGGAGAGGAGGCACCCGAAGUUCACCUCCGCCGACAUGGAGCCGCUCUACGUGGAGGAGCUGCGCUCGGCGGUCAACCUGCUCAUGGCCAACCUGGAGAGUCUGCCGGUGUCCAAAGGAGGUCCGGACUUCAAGCAGAAGCUCAAGCGCUCCUCCAUGAACAACUCCUUCCUGGACAUGGGAGACGAGGGAGACGCCCUGUCCAAGUCCGACGUGGUGCUGUCCUUCACUCUGGAGAUCGUGAUCGUGGAGGUCCAGGGUCUGAAGUCCGUGGCCCCGAACCGGAUCGUUUACUGCACCAUGGAGGUGGAGGGGGGGGAGAAGCUGCAGACGGACCAGGCCGAAGCCUCCAGACCGCAGUGGGGGACCCAGGGGGACUUCACCACCACCCACCCUCUGCCCUCCGUCAAGGUGAAGCUGUUCACCGAGAGCACCGGGGUCCUGGCUCUGGAGGACAAGGAGCUGGGCCGGGUUGUCAUGAACACGACCACGAACGGGCCGAAGCAGGCCGAGUUUCACCGGAUGGUCGUCCCCAAGAACAGUCAGGACACGGAGCUGAAGAUCAAACUGGCCGUCCGCAUGGACAAGCCCCCCAACAUGAAGCACAGCGGGCACGUGUACGCGGUGGGCCAGCGGGUCUGGAAGCGCUGGAAGAGACGAUACUUUGUCCUGGUUCAGGUGAGUCAGUACACCUUCGCCAUGUGCAGUUACAGAGAGAAGAAGGCGGAGCCUCAGGAGCUGAUGCAGCUGGAGGGCUACAGGGUGGACUACUGCGACCCUCAGCCAGGCCUGCAGGGUGGCCGGGUGUUCUUCAACGCGGUGAAGGAGGGCGACCUGGUGGUGUUUGCGUGCGAGGAGGAUCAGGACCGGAUACUGUGGGUCCAGGCCAUGUACCGGGCCACCGGGCAGUCCUACAAGCCGGUCCCUCCGGCGCAGAGCAAGACCCCCAACUGCCGAGGAGGACUCCAGAAACCGGCGUCCCCCAUCAGUCUGGAUCCGUCUCAGCGUCGGGGCGUGGAGGGCCUGAUCUCCGCCUCGCCGUGCCGCUUCGACCACGCCGCCCUCUUCUCCGCCUUGCAGAAGCAAACGCUGCAGCACCGCAUGAGCGACUCCUUCUCCUGCCUGGGUUGGUUCAGUCCCGGUCAGGUGUUCGUCCUGGACGAGUACUGCGCCCGGUACGGCGUCCGAGGCUGCUGGCGCCACCUGAGCUACCUGAGGGACCUGAUGGAGUACUCUGAGAGCAGCGCGCUGGUGGACCCCACCCUGCUGCACUACAGCUACGCCUUCUGCGCCUCCCACGUCCACGGGAACAGGCCGGACGGGAUGGGGACGGUGACCGUGGAGGAGAAGGAGAACUUUGAGAACAUCAGGGGGCGUCUCAUGUCUCUGCUGGAGAACCAGAUCACACAUUUCAGGUACUGCUUUCCCUUUGGGCGACCAGAUGGGGCCCUGAAGGCAACGCUCUCGCUGCAGGAACGGGUCCUGAUGAAGGACAUCACCACGCCGGUGCCUCCGGAGGAGAUGAAGAGGCUGGUGCAGAAGUGUCUGGAGAACGCCGCUCAAAUCAACUACAGUCAGCUGAUGGAGUACGCUCAGAUCAAAGCGGAUCCUCGGGCGGCUCCGGAGAAGAGACUGGAGGACUCUCUGAGACUGGGAGAGCUCUGCAUCGAAGUCCUGCAGCAGAACGACGAGCAUCACUCCGAGGCUUUCUCGUGGUGGCCGGAGCUGAUGGCCGAGCACGCCGAGGUGUUUCUGUCUCUGUACCGAGCCGACAUGGACGGCGCUCUGCAGGUCCAGCCCGUCGACUCCUGGGACAGCUUCCCGCUGUUCCAGCUGCUCAACAACUUCCUGCGAAUGGACCUGCACCUGUGCAACGGGACGUUCCACAAACACCUGCAGGACCUGUUCGUGCCCCUGGUGGUGCGCUACAUCGACCUGAUGGAGUCGUCCAUCGCCCAGUCCAUCCACCGCGGCUUCGAGCAGGAGACCUGGCAGUCGGUCAAGUCGCUGACUAACAACCUCGCGAGCGUUCCUCUCCCCAAACUGCCGCUCACGCUGCCCCAGAUGCCCAGCUUCUCGACCCCGGCCUGGAUGGGACCGCUGUGUGAGAACACCAACGGCUCGGCCACCUCAGAGGACUUGUUCUGGAAGCUGGAUGCUCUGCAGAUGUUCGUGCUGGACCUCCACUGGCCGGAGCCCGAGUUCGCCAAACAUCUGGAGCAGAGACUCAAACUGAUGGCCAGCGACAUGAUGGAGGCCUGUGUCAAGAGAACAAAAUCUGCCUUUGAUUCCAAAAUUCAGAAAGCGAGCAGGUCGACGGACUUCAGGGUGGCGCUGUCGGCGUGCACCAUGUUCAACGUGCUGAUGGACGCCAAGAAGCAGUGCUCCAAACUCUGUGUGCUGGACACCGGUCAGGAGACUGACAAACAAUGGCAACAGUACCACUCCAAAAUCGACGUUCUGAUCGACGAUGCGUUCAAAGACAUGAUUUCCUCCCUCGUGACGAAGUUUGCUGCUGUGCUGGACGGCGUCCUCUCUAAGCUCUCCAGAUACGAUGAAGGGUCCUUCUUCUCCUCCAUCCUCUCCUUCACAAAACCAGGGAUGGAUCUGGCCGACACCUACAUCACCUUCAUUCGGCAGAACCAGGACAUCCUCCGAGACCGCGUCCACGACGAGCUGUACACCGAGAAGGUGUUUGACCAAUGGUACAGCAGCUCCAUGAAGGUGGUGUGCGUCUGGCUGACGGACCGGCUGGACCUGCAGCUCCACACCUAUCAGCUGAAAACACUCAUCAAGAUCGUGAAGAAGACCUACCGUGACUUCCGUCUUCAGGGUGUUUUGGACGUGGCGCUGAACAACAAGAGCUACGAGACGGUGUACAACCGGCUGACGGUGGAGGAGGCCACGGCGGCGGUGAAGUCGGGCGACGGCCUGCAGGGCAUCAGCAUGAGAGACAGCGAGGAGGAGCAGGAGGACUGAGCGCCUCCUCCUGCUCCUCCUCCUCGAUCAGGACCUUCUCCCCGUGUGAGUCUUGUUGUAGAUGAAGAGGUGUCGUUCACUGUCACCGAAGGUCUUGAUUGGGUAAGGACGAACGCUCAGGUGGUGACCUCUCCCCACCCCCUCUCACCUGCGGGACAGGAAGUCCCGCCCCCUCUGCCACGCGCAGCCGUACUCUUGAUUGAUGUCACUUUGUACAGCACUGAGGCUCCACCCCCUGUUUUGUUUUGAAAAUGCUCCAAAACGGCAGCAAAAUCCACUCCAGAGAUAAAUUUAAUCUGUCAGUUUGUUUUUUACUUUUAUUCACCAUCAUUUCUUUAAAUGUUACUUCAUAAUAUUGUGGUUUCAUUUUUAUAACCGACCUAUUAGUUAGAACCCACGGCUGCAUUCUCUCUCCUGACCACCAGGGGGCGACUCCUCUGGUCGUCCGCUUCUCACGUUUGUUUAAACACAAAAAAAACCCUACGUUUACAUUUUUGCCAAACAAGCGCCCCCUUGUGGUCGUGCCCAGCAAUACGAGCGAUGUCUCUCCAACCUUUUCUCUAACGCUCGUGUUAGGAGUUAGCCGUCUGUUAUUCACCCGUCGUGGUCCCGUCGGGGGGGCGGAGCCUCAAGUUUAUCUUUCAGGAAUGUGUCCGCUCAUCGGCUUUUGAUAUUUAUCGUCUAGAUGGAAAAGUGAAAGGGUCGUUUAGGAGAUUGGCCAUUUGACUAAGAUGCCUGACUGUCGUUAGCUGCAUCGGCGACGACCACGUAGCUAACGGAUUAGCUUUGGAGCUAACGUCGGUUACGUAGCGGCUAGUCGCGUAGUUUUGGACCGUCUCCGUCGCCGUUCGUCGUGAUGUCACCCGUCGCCGAGUUUCUUCAAGACGACCGGGUUUUUUGCGUGUCGUCGUCGUCGAUAAUAUAAAAUGAAAAAGAAAAAGAGUUUUCUUUUGUUUUUGUUGUGAUGUUCCGUGUCGGCCGCCGAUCAACUCCGCUUGUUGUUGUUGUUUCGCAGGACAAACACUAAAGGACCAAAACAACGACAUGAA